GGUGCUGUUUUGAGCGGCCGCUGGUCUUCCUUUCAUUAUCGGGUCCGGGCUUCUCCGCCGCUGCCAUGAGCUACGACCGGGCUAUUACCGUCUUCUCCCCUGACGGGCACCUCUUCCAAGUCGAGUACGCCCAAGAGGCCGUGAAAAAAGGCUCCACCGCGGUUGGAGUACGUGGAAAAGAUAUUGUUGUUCUUGGUGUGGAGAAGAAAUCUGUGGCAAAGCUUCAAGAUGAAAGAACUGUCCGAAAGAUCUGUGCCCUUGAUGACAAUGUCUGCAUGGCUUUUGCAGGGCUCACAGCAGAUGCCAGGAUAGUUAUAAACAGAGCUCGGGUGGAGUGUCAAAGCCAUAGGCUUACAGUGGAGGAUCCUGUCACUGUCGAGUAUAUUACACGUUAUAUUGCUAGCCUGAAGCAGCGGUACACCCAGAGCAAUGGCCGCAGACCCUUUGGUAUUUCUGCCCUUAUUGUAGGAUUUGACUUUGAUGGAACUCCAAGGCUGUAUCAGACUGAUCCUUCUGGCACUUACCAUGCUUGGAAGGCUAAUGCAAUUGGCAGAGGAGCAAAGUCAGUGCGUGAAUUUUUGGAAAAAAACUACACUGAUGAAGCCAUUGAAACAGAUGACCUGACAAUUAAGCUUGUUAUCAAAGCUCUUCUUGAAGUUGUACAGUCUGGUGGGAAAAAUAUUGAGUUGGCUGUUAUGAGAAGAAACCAGCCGCUCAAGAUCUUGAGCCCUGAUGAAAUUGAAAAGUACGUUGCUGAAAUUGAAAAGGAGAAGGAAGAAAAUGAGAAGAAGAAACAGAAGAAAGCAACAUGAUGAAUGAAAUUCAGUCGAUAGUUGUGGUUUUUAAAUCAAUCAUGAGUUCUGUAUAGACAUGUAGGCAUUCCAUUUUCCUGUUCUGUGCCCCUUUUUAAGAGGCCUACAAUAAACCAUCUGGUUUUUUAAGCUUGUUA